CGUAGGUUCUUGGUAAACACGCACCGACUUCAGCAUUGAAAAUAACAGGCUAGCUUUAAUAAUCAUCGCAUAUCAUUUAUCAACAUGUCAGUUUUCAAAAACAUUCUUCUCAUUGGUGCAACAGGCUCCAUAGGCAGUUACGUGCUGGAGGCGCUCAAGAACGAGCCCACAUUCACCUUGACACUCUUACAACGGACCUCGUCUAAAGCAAAGUUGCCUGCAUAUAUCCGAGUUAUUAGCAUCACAGACUCGUACCCUACGGAAGAGCUCAUUGCAGCUUUUAAGGACCAAGAUGUUGUGGUCAACUGCAUGACGACCCUGUCGGUAUCUGAUCAGUUCCGCAUGAUCGAUGCGGCCAUUGCCGCCGGCGUCAAGCGUUACGUUCCCACCGAGUACGGUCUCAACAACCUGCGGCCAGAUGCGCAAGCGCUGAACGUGGUCUUCCACGACAAGGGCAAAGUUCAGGAGCACCUUCGCACAAAGGCAGCAGAAAGCGCGAUUGAGUGGAUGAGUAUAUCUUGUGGCAUGUGGCUUAAGUGGAGCAUGGCGCACAGCUUUCUCGGAAUGCACAUACAGGAAAAGAAGUUUGUGUUCUGGGACGACGGUGAGGGGUUGUUUUCCUGUACGACAGAGGAGAACACGGCAGCUGGUUUAGUACAGGCGUUGAAGAAAGCAGAAGAGACGAAGAACACCAACAUAUAUCUUAGCGAUUUUGCUAUAUCCCAAAAGCACUUGCUGGAAGCUAUCGAGAGAAUACAGGGCGUCAAGUAUGCUACCGAGACAGUGGAUAGUCAUCUUUUGAUCGAACAAAAGCAAAAGGCCGUAAGGGACGGGGAUGAUUCUGCAAACUUUGACCUCAUUGAGACUGGGUUCGUGACUGGCCGGUUCGGAGGUCAUUUGGAGAAAGAGGGAGAGAUACUAAAUGAGAAGCUGGGCCUACCAAGAAAGACGCUGGACGAAGUUGUCAAAGCGGCCCUUGAGUCUCUCAGUAUCAUCUGAUACGAGGUCAGCAGGACUGAGCACUAAUGUCCGGCACAGUAUCUUCGGGGAGCAGAAGACUUUGAGGCCCAAUGUAUCCCUCAGUGUAUCACGUAGGUAGCCUCUGCGAAUACCAACUAUAAAAAAGUUGAUGUAUGCAUGUUCUUAUAGUCAAAUAUUCCGUAAAACAAUCAGUUAUCCA